AUGGCACGAGGAAAUGGAAAAAGUGCUGCUUCAGCUUCCCAGUUUGACCAUGUUUUGAAAGAGCAGCUAGCAGCAUGCAUGGAGUUCUCAUAUAAUAAGUUUGAUGACCACCAUAAUGGGUACCCGUACGGUGAAGACGAGCAAGCGAGGAUUACUACUUCUCCCACUGCUGCAGGAUCACGAGGGAAUCAGCCAGAACCGAGCUUUGUGUAUAUUCCGCGUGAUAUUGAAGACGCUCGUCCACCAGGGAAGUACGACACCAC